AUGAAGAAAAGAGAAAUAAUACAAGAACCACGUAUACAUGUUAGACAUUUUGAAGUAAUGUACGAAUUAAGAAUGGAUUUUAAUUUGAAAAUUGUUGCCGCUUUUGGUGAUUUCGCACUCAAUUUUGUUGAUGAAAUCACUUCCAAAUCUGAUAAUGAAGAUCAGGAAAAUGAGAAUGCAGAACAGGACGAAGCUAGUGAUUCUGAAGAAGAUGGUGAAACAGGCGUUGUUGAAAAAUUAUUUAAAUUUGAAGAUUUUGCAAAACGAUUGGUAAAUGCUAAGGUGGUUCGUCCUUGUACACUUGUUUUAUCUGAUUGGGAAAAAAUUUCAACGAAAUCAUUAAAAGCAACUGUAACAAUAUUACAUCGUAUUGCUUAUGGAAGUCAUUGUCCAGCCAUGUUAUAUCAGGCAAGUUUAUUUAGAAUAUUUCAAAGAGUUUUUGAUGCCCCAAGAGAACAACAUCAUGAAGAAUUAAGACGUUUAGCAAUCUAUGUUAUUCGAAAAUUUGUUGAAACAGCUCCAAAAAAUCCAAAAAUUUAUGCCGAAUUACUAUUUUAUAAAUCGAUAAGGGAGGCAAAUGAAUUAGAAACUGGUUAUUGUGAUGUUUAUGAAGCCGGUACUAAAGGUACUUGGACUCAAGAACAAGAAGAAGAACUUAGGAUUCUAUUUGAAGAAAAUCAAAGAAAUCCAGAAACAGAUAAAGAUGUGAUUGAUUGGAUUUUGGACAAUUUAAUUGACAAGAAUCGUACUCGUCGUGGUGUUCUUAAAAAACUUAAAGAAAUGGGUUUGAUGUUUAAAGCACCGACGAAAAAAUCAACAUCUGCUGCUAAUAAAAAUCUAUGGCGGCAUGAGGAAGAUGAACAAUUGAGACAACUAUAUGAUGAACAUAGACUUGAUGAAAAAUGCCUUUACAAAAUCGUCGAAGUAAUGGGUAAUACACGUCCACAACGUGCUAUUGUAAAACGAAUGAUUGAACUUCAUUUAAUUGCGGAUAAAUCAGAAAUUUUACCAUCAAAACGCAACAAAGCUAAACGAAAUUCAUAUUCAGAUAGUUCAGAUGAUUCUGAUUCAGAUGAUUGGUUAUCAGCAAGAGAGAAAAUUCGUCAAAAUCUUAAGAAAAUAAAGAAACAAAUUGUUCGUAAAGAAAUUAAAAAUCCUCUCGAUAUUGAAACUCUUAAAGCAAAUAUAAUUGAAUUGGAUGAAAAAUUUAAGCAAGGCUUAACAUGGCUAAUUGAAUCUCUUGAAGAAGCACGUGAUGAAAUGGAACUAGAAGGAAACGUACAAAAUGAGGAUAUUGAUGUGCCACUUUUUCCUAUAACUGAAAUACAAAUUCUCUCAAUUGAAAAUGAAAAUUUCCAAAAAAUUCUUACAACAUUGAGUAUGAAACCACCCCAAGAAGAAGUCUCAACAUAUUGGAGGAUUCCAAGCACAUUUGUUUCUGGUGAUUUAAAACUUCGUAUCAAAGCUUUAAAAGGGGAACCUAUUGAAGAAAAUGAUAUAGUUUAUGAAGAAAUAAUUGAAUAUAUAUCAGAAGAAGAACAAGGAGGCGAAGAAACAGGCAAUAUGUCUAAGAAGAAGAAAAAACCAAAAGAUAAGCAAAAUAAAAAACAAGCAAAACUUUUUGAUAAGCUUUUAAGAAAACCAAAACCACAAAAAGUUCGCAAAAUUAAGAAAAACCCACUUGAUAUAGCAGGAGUACGCGCCUUAUUAUUUCAAAUUGAUGAUAAGUUCAACGAAGCUGUUGAGUGGUUAGCAGAAAGUUUAUCAGAUGCAGCAGAAGAUAAUGAAGAUAUAAAUAAUGAAGAAGACGGAAUACCACUUUUACCACUUAUUGAAAUACAAAAGGACGCCAUGGAAGAUGAUAAUUUUAAAAAAUUACUCAUUGCAUUGGGAAUUCAACCACCAAUUCAAGAAAUCGAAACAUAUUGGAGAAUUCCAACUUAUUUAAAAGAAAUGGACUUAAAGAAACGAGUUCAAAUUCUACGUGGGCAAGAAGUUCAGGGUGAAGCUGAUUCCGAUCAUGAAUCAGAACAAGAAAUUGUUGAAAAGGAUGAAAUGGAUUUCGAUGCAGAAAAUUCUCAUGAUGAUGAUGACUUUUUCGAUAAUUAUAUAAAAAAUAGACGUGACAAAAUGCAUAGUUUAGUUUAUAAUCGAAGCGAUAAUGAAGAAGAAAUUCGAAAACCAUUGAAGAAAAAGCAAGCACAAAAGAAGCCCAAAUCUGAAGCAAAUAAAAAAGAUGAUAAGAAAUUAAAACCAAAAUCAAAAAAAUCAAUGGAAGACAAUAUAACAAAACCGUCGAUAGGAGAACAACGUAAAAGUGGAAAACUAAAUUUGGAUGAUAUGGUAUUAUCCGUUGAAGAAAACCCCGAUAUUGAUUUCGACUCAGAGAAUUUACGUUUACGUUUAGCUGAAUUAUCGGAUGAUUCAGCUGAGGAGCAAUUCGAAACAACUAAGUUGAUUCCCAAGAAGAAAAAAUUGAAUUUAAUUGCAAGUGAUGAUGAUGAUGAAAAUGAUCAAACGUUAACAAGAACUAACAGGAAUUUGGAAAAUGAAUCAAUUGAAGAAGCAUCAGUCAAAACAAAUCACAAUCGUCGAAGAAUUAUUAUUGAUUCGGAUUCCGAUUUAUCUGAUAAUGAAGUAACAACUAAAACAAAAUUCAAUGUUGAAAGACAAAUUGAUGGUGAUAAUGACGGCAGUAAUAUUAAUGAAAAAGCCAAUCAAACACAAGAAUCCACAGUUUUAAAUGAAAAUGAUUCAGAUAUGGAUGAAAAUUCAAUGAUAUUGAAAUGGAACGAUGAUAAUGCUAAACAAAUAGAUAGUGAAAAAAAUAAUAAAAAUGAAAAUAUUACGAAAGAAAUAUCAUUCUCAACAUCUACUAAUGAUAAACUUUCAAAUGUAAUUUCAAUGGAUGAUAUUGAAAAGAACAAUAUUUCUGGUCAAAACAUUAAAUUAAAUAUUCUAAAAGAGUCUUUAACCGAUCACAAUAAUAUCAUCGAUAUAAUAAGUUCCGUAUCAGAAACAUAUAAUGGUGUUGAUAUUAGUACAAAAGAAUGCACACAAAUAUUACUUAAAUCACCAUCACCUUCAAAAGCAUUUGAAAUUAACCAAAAACCUGGACAGAACAUUGAUGAUAUUGAAAAUGGAGGCGCUAGUAUUAAUAACAAUAGUGAAAGAAUCAACGAAACCAAUGAUAUUGUUGAUAAUAAUGAUGAUGCAUCAAAAAUCAACAAUAACAACACUUUGACUAAAAAUUCUCCUUCAUCACUUUUUUAA